AUGUCCUCCGCUGACGCCGCUCACAUGGAGCACGCUCCUAUGUCCGAUCUUGCGCGAAACGCCAAAGACCAGGGCCAUGGCUCCGCCGAGGGCUUUAACAAGGCGCGGAAGCAGACUCCUCCCGUGUGCCCUACAGACGACGAGGCGGUGACCCCCAAGCGCAAGACGCAGAGUCUGGAUUAUGUCUGGAGAUCUGGAGUCGCGGGCGGCUUUGCCGGAUCUGCUGCCAAAACCGCCGUCGCACCUCUUGAUCGAGUCAAAAUUCUGUUCCAGGCCAGCAAUCCCUUGUUCGCCAAAUAUACCGGUUCCUGGUUUGGCGUCGCAAAGGCCAUGAAGGAUAUCUACCAUUACGAGGGCGCCAUGGGCCUCUACCGUGGACACUCUGCGACUCUCCUACGAAUCUUUCCCUAUGCUGGCAUCAAGUUUCUCGCGUAUGAACAAAUCCGAACCAUCAUUAUACCCCGAAAAUCACACGAGACACCGAUGAGAAGGCUACUCAGUGGAAGUUUGGCGGGUGUGACGUCCGUCUUCUUCACAUACCCCCUAGAGGUCGUCCGAGUACGACUAGCCUUCGAGACCAAGCGCGAGGGCCACUCUUCUCUCACUUCGAUAUGCCGUCAGAUCUACAAUGAACAACCCGUGCAAAAAUCUACGACCGCCAGGCUACCCAACGCCCCUGCACCUGUAUCAGCCACUGCGGAGGCGGCUGCAGCGACAGUGCAGGCCAUUGCUCCUCGAGCAGGACUGGUCAACUUCUAUAGAGGAUUUACCCCUACAGUGCUUGGCAUGAUCCCAUACGCUGGUAUGUCCUUUUUGACACACGACACCGUGGGAGAUAUCAUGCGCUCUGAGGCCUUUGCGCAGUACACGACUCUACCGAAGAAAGCGAACCACCCCCCAGGAAAGCCAGCUCCUCUGCGGUCAUGGGCAGAGCUCUGCUCUGGAGGUAUCGCGGGCCUAAUCUCACAAACUUCAUCCUACCCGCUCGAGGUGAUCCGGCGACGGAUGCAAGUUGGCGGAGCCGUUGGUGACGGCAGACGGCUACGGAUCGGCGAGACGGCCGCCAUGAUCUUCCGGGAGAGAGGCAUCCCCGGCUUCUUUGUUGGCCUGACCAUCGGAUACGUCAAGGUCAUCCCUAUGGUAGCGAUCAGUUUCUACACGUACGAACGCAUGAAGCUCGUGUUGGGUAUAUAA